AGUGGAGGAGUGAGGACCGGAGCUCCGACACUUUUUUUCCUCCACUUUUCUGCUCAUUCCGCUUCUAUGUGUUGUUCUCUCUCUCUCUCUCUCUCUCUCUCUCUCUCUCUCUCUCUCUCUCUCUCUUUCUCCGUGUUUGUCUCGCGCUCGCAGUGGAGUUUGGUGCGGUUUGGUCCGCGCGCCCGCACCGUUUAACGGAACCUGCAGAACCGAAGCCGGUAAAAGAGAGAAGUGAUAGGGAGAAGGAGUGAUAGGGAGAAGGAGUGAUAGAGUGAAAGAGUAAAGAAGGGAAAGGAGACGGAGGAAUAGAGAGGAGGACACGAUGUGGAGGUGUCCGAGACCGAGCGCGAGCUCCUGCUCCUUGUCUUUCCCGAGUCGGGUUUACCGAACCGGAGCGGAUUUCCGGUGCGCGUGAAGAUCAGAACCGGAGAGAACAGAGGGAUUACUGAGGAGCUGAAGUGCAGAAGAUUGAUCUGUGGAGGACAAGACGGAGGAGGACAGAUCCCGGGCUCCAGAUGUCCCACUGCCUGAAAUUGUCCUGGGUUGAGACCCAGCGGAGUGUAACGGAGAGGAAAGGAGGAGCCGUGGGCCUCUCAGCUUCUCAGCUCCAGGGCUGCCGUUGCAAUUUCACACAGGCUUUGGGCCAAACGAGUCCUGCCGUGCUUUGAUAUUUUAGCAUGGAUGGCGCCGAUCACGGAACCUCUGCCCUCAGAAACGAGACUGUGGCGCUGAGGUGGAGGACUAGCAAUUAUCAUAGGAUUAACCCUGAACUUCCUCUCGGUGAAUUCUGCAUUAGUGCGAUUCUAUAAAGCACCUCACUGGAUUUACUUCUCUUUUUUUUUAAACCACAAAUUUUGUGGGUGGCUUUCAGAUUUUUUUCUUUUCUUUUUUUCUUUUUUUUUUCUCGUUUUGCCACAAUGGAAUUCCAAGUCAGACUGUGGAAUAACGAUUGGACCUCUUUUGUUCGGUUUUGGUUUACUGUAUUGCUGAGCUUGCAUGUGCAGUUCGAUGCCGUUGCACCGUGUCCCAAAGAGUGUCGUUGCGACAAAAUCUUCAUUUACUGUAAUGAAAGGAGUUUGACGUCUGUGCCUCUGGGUAUUGGUGAGGGAUACAGCAUCCUGUACCUCCACAACAACCAGAUCAACAGUGCUGGAUUUCCAAUGGAGCUCCACAAUGUGGCAUCGGUAGAGACUGUCUACUUGUAUGGGAACCAGCUGGACGAGUUUCCACUCAACCUUCCCAGAAAUGUAAAAGUUCUCCAUUUACAGGAAAACAACAUUCAGACAAUUUCGAGAGCAGCACUUGCCCAGCUACCCAAACUGGAAGAACUGCACUUAGAUGACAACUCCAUCUCCACGGUUGGGGUGGAGGAAGGGGCUUUUCGAGAGGCGUUCAACCUUAAGCUCCUUUUCCUCACCAAGAAUCACCUGAGCAGUGUUCCUAUUGGAUUACCAGCAGAUCUCAAGGAACUGCGCCUGGAUGAAAACCGCAUCGCUGAGAUAGACGAGGGAGCUUUUCAAAACAUUACAAACUUACAGCGGCUGUUGCUGGAUGGAAAUCUUCUGGAGGAUGGCGACAUCGCCCCCGGUACUUUUAGAAACCUGGUCAACCUGAGAGAGCUCUCGUUAACUCGAAAUUCUCUCACAAUGCCUCCUCCUUUGCUCCCAUCAGUGUCCCUUGCUAGACUGAACCUGCAGGAGAACCAGAUUAGAGACAUCCCUGUUACGGCUUUCUCCGAGCUCAGGAAGCUUGAGAAACUUGAUCUAUCCAUGAACCUGCUACAGACUGUUCCACAGGGGGUGUUUGAUGGGAUGAGAAGCCUAACAAAUCUUAAUGUCCGAGGCAACCAUUGGCGAUGUGAUUGUGCCAUUAAGUGGAUUGUCUUUUGGCUAAAGUCCUUGCCAACUUCCGUGAACGUCCGUGGAUUCGCAUGUCAUCAACCAGAAAGGCUAAAGGGCAUGAUGAUCCGAGAAAUCAAUCUCGAUGCUCUUCAGUGUCCGGCUGGUACAGAAAAAGAUCUGUGGCUCACUCAUUUACCACUGACUACGUCAUCACCUCGUAGAACCACCCUCCUUCCCAGAACCACCCCUAUCACCACCACGUUGACCACCGUUUCCCACCCAACCACAACAAAUCCCACGCCUCCAGUGCCCAAUUUCCCACCUGCUCCCUAUCCUCCUUAUGAAGACCCUUUGAAAAUAUCUUUGAACGUAGUGAACGGCACAUGUGUUGAGGUUAGCUGGGAAUCCUAUUUCACCGUGACGGCUUACAAAGUCACCUGGGUAAAGAGGAGUCAGAACAUAAUGACUGAUAUUAGCCAAGAGAGGACGGUCCCUGGGGAGCAACGGAGACUUAACUUGUACAACUUGGAACCUAGAUCCAAGUACCGGAUCUGCAUAUACAUCCUGGAUUCCUUGAAUAGCUACAGACCUGGAGAGGAUACGAUCUGCUCGGAGUUCAGGACCAAAUCGGCCUCCAUCCCUCCGUCCGAGUCGGAUCAGGUGGCACAGCAGGACGUCACAUCUACCUUCCUUUUAGCAGGCAUCAUCGGUGGCAUCGUGCUGCUGGUCUUGAUCAUAUUACUCGGGAUCUUUUGCUGGUACAUGCACAAGAAGAGCAGGUCGUCCUGUUCCUCGUCUAAAUGGAAAUACAACCGAGGCAGGAGAAAAGACGACUACUGCGAAGCCGGGACCAAGAAGGACAACUCCAUUCUGGAAAUGACAGAGACCAGCUUUCAGAUCGUUCCGCUGAACAAUGAACAGCUCCUGAAGGGCGAUUUUAGGAUCCAGCCCAUUUACACGCCCAACGUCGGCAUUGGAUACAGAGACUGUCAUCUCGAGAACAACAGCAUCGUUUACUGCAAGAGCAGCAAUGUUCCUGGUGUGGAAUUUUGCCACACGUGAUGCUAUGAUGCUUUUUUGUAAAGACAUAAUAAACAUUUACUGUAUGAUUGUACAACACAUACACACAUACACACACACACACACACACACACACACACACACACACACACACACACACACAGUUUUAUAUCUGAAUCAAGUUCUGAAUAGGAACAUAUUCCCUGAUGGUAAUUUAUAUCACACACAGUGACGUGGAAUCGGGUUUGUUGUAUUUUUCCUAGCGGACAGUGUUGUGAUUAGCGCAAAGCGACCUGGUGUAAGUCAGUCGUAUUUGUAAAAUCAGGGCUGGUGUUAAGUGCAUUAGUCCAGGUUUUCUGCCUCACGGGUGUGAAUGUAGGACCUCCUCAGCCGCGAGUUGUAAUUCGACCCCCUGCUGAGAAAAAAAACAGUAGUAAAGAUAACAAACCGUUCAGAAAAAUGAAACAUGGCUGAUUAGCCUUCAGUGGAAAAAAUAAUACAGGGGCAGGAGUUUUUUCUUUUUUCUUUCUGUUUUUUAGUCGACGUGGCGGGGCGAACGUGAAGCAGGCGUUCAGGAAAUGGGCUUUUUGUGAAAGUCGCUUCUGAACAGGGUUACGACAUUUCAACACCACACAAGCGAGCGAAAAAAAAGGCCAAAGAGCUCGGGAAAGCAUCGACCCGCACGACGGGGAAGUGUUUAGUUUGGCGUUUUGCCACCAGAGGCAGGGUUUUUUCUUCAGUUUUUUUUUCCUCUAGUGCAUAUUUUUCGACCAUUAACCGAACAUUCCGGAUCCAAUCCCACUAAUUUCAUAUUGCUUUUUUUGUGUAGAUGUUCAUGUCAGAUAUAGAGCGAGCUCCUGAGGGUUUGGAGAAGGAGUUUGUUUGUUGGAGCAGGUGUUUAGGAGCUCGUCCGUGGCAUGGCUGAUGUGUGUAUAGAUGUCUGUGUGUAUUGAUGUCUCGCUCUGGAGACUCCUUACAGAUCAUUUUAGAGGGAUUUGAUUUUUAUUUAUGAGCGCAGGAGUCUGCGGUGAGUCUCCAGUAAGACUGGGUCGAGUUCAACAUCUCAACAAUCGUCUUAUCCACAUUUUUGAAAUCGCCGUCACCUGUUUUGCUCGUACUGUGUUAUGGGGUUAGAGGGUUUUCUCUGCUUUUCUUUAACCGACCGAGCACUCGUUUAUUCAGGCAGCUGUUUAGGUAGAAUGAUGAAUUGUAGGGCAGGAAAAAAAUACCCAGAAUCCCAGUAAAGUGGUUUGUGCCAGAGCUGGGUUUGCCCUCGGAUCCCUGCAUGAGCGCAAUUAAAACUAUUUUUAAUGCCGUGCUGGUUUUUCCGAGCCGGGCCGCCUUGCUUUAAAAGGGACGCCAUCUUUUUUUCUCCUCCUUUUUCCCCUUAUUAUUAUGCGCUGUUACUCUCUGACUUUAUUUGCUUUGACAAGAUUUUAUUUCGUGGGUCGAGUUCAAAGCAUCUCUCCCCUCUCGCUCUUAAUAAUCCCCGGUUCU